GAACGCACCGCGGGGCGCCGCUGCCACGUCUCCGCAGCAGCGCAGCCGCAGCUCGGAGCUCCGACAGCGGGCUGGAGGGAGCGCGGGGCUGGACCGGCUGGAUGGGAGGCGGGGGAGGAGGCGCGGACUGAGGAGGAGGCCCGGAGGAGCGGACAGAAGGAGGACAGGGAGAGCCGGAGGCUGCCGGGCGGCCAUUGUUCCCCCAUUCCCGCGCCUUCUUCUCGGGGAGGGCACAUGCUGAGCCCGCGCGGGAGGAUGGAGGAGUUCAUCACGGAGGAAGAGGAGCCGUGGUACGACCAGCAGGACCUGGAGCAGGAUCUGCACCUGGCAGCAGAGCUGGGGAAGACGCUGCUGGAGAGGAACAAGGAGCUGGAGGACUCCCUGCAGCAGAUGUACAUCACCAACGAGGAGCAGGUGCAGGAGAUCGAGUACCUGAUGAAGCAGCUGGACGUUCUCCGGGACAUGAACGAGCAGCACGCCAGAGUCUACGAGCAGCUGGACGGCACCGCCCGCGAGCUGGAGGACACCAACCUGAGCCUGGUGACGGACAGCAGAGCCUCGCAGCAGAAGAUCGAGAGGCUCACCGUCACCAUCGAGGCGCUGCAGAACCAGGUGGAGUCUCUGUCCACGCAGGCGGAGCAGCUGCGCUCCAUGGAGCAGCUCCGGGUCAAGAGGGAGAAGCGGGAGCGCCGCAAGACCAUCCACUCCUUCCCCUGCCUGAGGGAGCUGUGCACGGCGCCCAGGUACGAGGACGAGUUCGUGGUGGGCCGGGCCGAGAGCUUCACGCUGGAGGCCCGGCAGCAGCCGGUGGAGGAGGAGAACCUGCACCUGAGGGAGGCGGUGUCGGCGCUGCGGGCCGCCGUCCGGGCCGAGCGGGCGCAGCGGGAGGGGGUGGAGAGGGAGUGCAACCUGCUGGUGGCCGAGUUCUCCCGGCUGCAGACCCGAGUGCAGGACGCUGAGAGCUGCCAGGCGAGGGUUCGAGAGCUGGAGGGCGAGCUGCAGGAGCUGCAGCAGCUCCGCCGCGCUCGCACCUUCCUGAUGAGCGGCGAGGACGACGGCGUGGCGCUGACCCAGACCGUCCUCAGCAUCACCCCGGAAACAGACACCUUCCUGGACGUGGGCGCCGGGGAGUCAGGGGGGGGCGUGAGGGAAGACCCCAAAGGCGGCGGCGGGGUCGGCGGGGAGGCUCUGCCCGAGUCCAGCCCGGUCAGGAAGAGCUGCAGCGACACGGCGCUCAACGCCAUCGUGGCCCGGGACGCGUCCGGCCGCCGCCGGGGCAGCUACGCCCUCCACGCCAACAGCGUGAGGAAGAGGGGCAUGUCCAUCCUCCGGGAGGUGGACGAGCAGUACCACGCCCUGCUGGAGAAGUACGAGGAGCUGCUGGGGAAGUGUCGGCGCCACGAGGAGAGCCUGUGCCACGCCGGCGUCCAGACCUCCAGACCCGUCUCCAGAGAUCCCUCCGUGAAAGACUGCGCCGUGGACCCCGCCCCGGCGCCCACGCCCACCCAGUCCCCCUCCACCCCCGAGGCCAUGGAGAGCAUCAGCCGGCAGGUGGAGGCGGUGGACAAGCGGCUGGGCCAGAACACGCCGGAGUACAAGGCGCUUUUCAAGGAGAUCUUCUCCCGAAUCCAGAAGACCAAGAUGGACAUCAAAGCUGCCAAAGGCAGCAAGUCUGGGAAGGCUGGAAAAUCCAGCAAACACUGAGAAUCUGUGGAACCGUCAGUGUUCAACCGCUGACAGCGUCAGUGCAGCAGAUUUUGAAGGAGAAAAGCGGCUUUUCUCCUUCAAAAUCUGCUGCACUGAUGCUGUCAGCGGUUGGAGAAUUAGCCUGAAUCAAAGUACGUAAACACUUUAACGCUACAUUUAGCUAACAUGCUUCAUUUUUCUGUACCUUCAACAGGAGCAGAAACGCGUCUGGAAACCUGAAGUUUUAGUCAGAAUCAUCUCGUCAUCAUUUCAUAUUUACUCAAACUGUGUUUAUUUAUUUGUGCCUGAAGGAUCCAAACCUUCCAGUGCCUGUAUGUUUGUGAGGUUUUCAGAAGCAAAUCUAUUUAUUUGUCCUCACACUUUUUAUUUGGUUUGAAUCAUAAGCUAUUUUGCCCCCAACAGGUAAUAAACUUUUUGUAUGUUAACGUACCCAUAAGCAUUAAUAAAGCAUUCGAUAAACACUG